AACGGCAACCGCGAAAGCUCCUUAGCCAAUAGUUUCAACUCAAGCGGUUUUUACUUUUAUACUAAAGAAGUCAAGAAGUUCUCUCUUUCUUUCCCUAUAUUUACAGCCAUCCACCGAAUCAAGUUAUUGCUUCCACAAGGGACUGAUAAUGACUACGUUACCGUACGGUGAUGUCGACUCCAGCCUCAGAUCAUUAGCUGGUAAGGCCGAGGGGUUCGGUCGCCUCUCUAUCGGCGGCCUUGACGGCCCUAUUUACACCGUUACUACAUUGGCAGAUGAUGGACCAGGGUCACUUCGGGAAGGCUGUCGUAAGAAAGAGCCUCAAUGGAUUGUCUUUGAAAUAUCGGGUACUAUUAAUCUAUCAUCGUAUCUGGCCGUGUCCUCUUUCAAGACUAUUGAUGGCCGUGGUCAACGAAUAAAAUUAACGGGGAAAGGAUUAAGGAUGAAAGAUUGUCAACAUGUAAUUGUAUGUAAUCUGGAAUUUGAAGGCGGUAGGGGACAUGAUGUUGAUGGCAUUCAAAUAAAACCAAACUCCAGGCACAUAUGGAUAGAUCGUUGCAGCCUGAAGGAUUACGAGGAUGGACUCAUAGAUAUAACGAGACAAAGCACAGAUAUAACUGUUUCUAGAUGUCUUUUCCAAAAUCAUGACAAAACGAUGCUGAUUGGAGCAGAUCCUACUCAUGUGGGUGACAGAUGCAUUAGAGUGACUAUUCACCAUUGUUUCUUUGACAGCACCAAACAAAGGCAUCCACGUGUUAGAUUUGGUAAAGUUCAUCUUUACAACAAUUACACACGAAAUUGGAGUGUGUAUGCUGUAUGUGCUAGUGUGGAAUCACAGGUCUAUUCUCAGUGUAACAUCUAUGAAGCAGGGAAAAAGAAGAAGACUUUUGAAUACUACACGGAAAAGGCAGGUGACAAGGAAGAGGCAAUGUGUGGAAUAAUAAAGUCUGAUGGGGACAUGUUUCUGAAUGGAUGUCAAGCACCAUUAUUAAGUGGGUUUAGUGAAGAACAUAGCAAUUUCCAUCCAAGUGUACAUUACCCCACAUGGUCUUUGGAACCAGCCAGCGAUUCUCUUCGAGAUGUUCUCCAGAUAUGCACAGGAUGGCAAUCCAUACCAAGGCCUGCUGAUCAUGGUGCGGAAUGCUCCACUUGAUUCCUCUUAUUAAUAAGCUAUGUGUUAUUAUUAUUACUAACUAAAAUUUCCUGUUUCUAAGGAAUUUUGUCCCAUAAUCUCAUCAUUGGGAGAACUAUUAUACUGCUUGUUUUGUUAUCCCAUGUAAAUAAAAAUUCU